AUGGGUGUCACCACUGCCCCUUCUGCGCCGACACAACGGCAAAGACGACCCAGGCCAACAAGGCCUCGCACGGACGAGGAGCUGGCCGCACGGGAAGCCAACAGAGUGCGCAGAUGGAUCAGCCGCGUCCGUGAGGUGCGAAUCCGUCUCACUGAAGAAGAGAGCCGCAUCUACAACGGCCUCUCUCACCACGACGGAGAUGGACAGGUCGCCCUGGUCUGGAGCUCUGGCGAGUGGGCCGUCUGGAGACGGGGAGAGCGCUUGAGGGCUCUUGUGGAGGAGGAACUCGACGUCUUCGCGUUUCUCGAGGUUUUGUGCUUGAUGGACUGCACAAUCGAGGAGACGGCAUCCAAUGGACGCCGGCGGAUGACGUUUCAGCGGGAGUGA